GUGACGUGAGGAAGACGAUUUCGUUAGAACGGCGGCGCUCCCUCCACUUCACACGCGCAUUUCGCCGAACAAUAUGGCCGCCGCCGAUGCCGAUGCCGAUGCCAAGCUCCAAUCCUUCCUCCAAUGGCUGCAGGCCAACGGCGCCGACCUCCGCGGCUGCACGAUCCGCGCAUGCGGCGACAAGGGCUUCGGCGUCUUCUCCACCGCCACCGAGCCUGGCGCCACCCACGGGGUGGUGAUGGUGGUGCCACUCGACCUCGCCAUCACGCCGAUGCGGGUGCUGCAGGACCCGCUCGUCGGGCCGCGGUGCCGCGCGCUCUUCGAGGAGGGAGGCGUCGACGACCGCUUGCUCGUCAUGCUCUUCCUCAUGGCCGAGCGGCUCCGCCCUGGCUCCCUCUGGAAGCCGUAUUUGGAUAUGCUUCCGAGCACCUUCGGGAGCUCCCUUUGGUUCACCGAGGAGGAGCUUGCCGGACUGGAAGGCACGACGCUGUACCGUGCGACCGUCAUGCAGAGGAAGUCAUUACAAAAGCUAUUUGAUGAAAAGGUGAAAGGCCUGGUUGAAGAGCUUUUAUGUGUCGACGACUCAGGAAGCUCAAUUGAAGUUUCGUUUGAGGACUUCCUUUGGGCAAACUCAAUAUUCUGGACUCGAGCACUGAACAUACCAUUGCCUCAUUCUAAUGUUUUUCCGGGGUCACAUGACAAACAACAGACAAGAACUGGUGAUGAUUGUCUUGAUUCUAGUCUCACUGCCCCCCAGGAAACUGACAUUACAGUUAAGAAUAGUAGCGUUGAUGAGAAUUCUGAAUCAAGUAAUAUGGAGUCGAUUUGGGUUGAGGGCCUUGUCCCAGGAAUCGAUUUCUGUAAUCAUAAUGUAAAGGCACUGGCAACAUGGGAAGUUGAUUCCUUGGGAAACACAACUGGAGUUCCUGCUUCAAUGUACCUCAUGCUUGCCGACAAAAGCUCCGCUGAGGCUGGAGCAGAGAUCUACAUAAAUUAUGGCAACAAAGGAAAUGAGGAACUACUAUACCUCUAUGGAUUUGUGGUUGACAACAAUCCUGAUGAUUAUCUCAUGGUUCAUUAUCCUGUUGAAGCUCUUAGACAGGUCCAGUCUGCUGAUAUUAAGAUGAAGCUACUGGAGAUACAGAAGGGCGAAUUGAGGUGUCUCCUACCUGGAAGUUUGCUUGAUAAUGGAUUUUUUGGUAGUCGUUCCAGUGAAGAUAAGGAUAACAAGAAAAAUACUAGUCAUUUUUCUAGUUAUAGUUGGAGCGGUCAACGCAAAGUUCCAUCAUAUCUCCAAAAAAUUGUUUUCCCUCAGGAAUUUAUAAGUACUCUACGUACGGUUGCCAUGCAAGAACAUGAGCUUGAACAGGUCGCUUCUUUACUUGGAGAGGUUGGAUCUAGUGAAGAUAGAGAACCAUGUGAUGCAGAGAUCCAAAGUGCUAUUUGGGAGGUCUGCGGUGAUAAUGGAGCACUUGGUUUGCUUGUGGAUCUUCUUAGGGUCAAAAUGGCUGAACUUGAAGAGGGCUCUGGAACAGAAGCAUCUGAUAGCCAACUGCUUGAGCAGUUUUAUUCCAGUCACUCGGAGGACUCUGUGAGCGGAAGUGAUGAGAACAACGAAAACAAGUCAAAGAUAAAUAGCCGUUCAUGUAUAGUGUACCGAAGAGGGCAAAAGCAACUAACAAGGUUGUUCCUUAGGGAGGCAGAGUAUCUUCUUGAGCUUUCUGCAAAAGAACAGACAUAAUAAACUUAUCUGGCUUGCAGCAGUUCAGUGAAGACUUGCAGAGUCGUCAAAUUAAUGUUGCUAUCCGCAUUCGAUGGGGGGGGGGGGGGGGCGGCGUUGAUCUAUAAUAAGAGGCACUUGGCUGUAGGAGGCCUAGUCUGUUAAGAGUUUCUGAUGGGGUUGGCCUUUUUUUCCUGUGAGCGCUGUGGAGACCUACCCAGCGGAGAAGUUGCAUUACUUCGACCAUUAAUCCUUUAUCGCCACAACAGUUAGAGGUUAUAUUAUUUAUUUCUACCCAUGACUCCAUGA